CUUAGUUCUUGUAGUAUAAAUUCCCCUACAUUUACUAAAAUUUUCCCUCUUCUUCCCACCCUACCGUUUCGAUUUCGUUUUCCCUCCUCCUUUCUCCAUUUUCCACUGAUGAUCCAGAAGCAGAAAAAAGGAGGAGAAAAAUGGUUGGAGUGAAUAGCUUUGGGAAAACCAUUUGCUCAAUUUGCUAUGAAGAUCUAAACCCUAUAAUCGAAGAUCUUCAAGCUGUUACUAUUUGUGGUCACGUUUUUCACGAGCUAUGUCUUCAGCAAUGGUUUGAAUACUGUGCAAAAGGAAAGAAGAAGAAUUGCCCAGUUUGUAAACAGGCUUGUUCGGAAGACAAUGCAAAUAGGCUUUAUUUCCAAUCUAUUGGUGAUCCAAAUGUUACAAGUCUUAUGCAGAAGCCUCCUGAUUAUAAAGAGGAUCACCGGGAGUUGAAAAAUGAGGUCAAAAGAUUGGAGAGGAAAGUUGUAGGACUGACUUCCACUCUGGAAAAACAGCUGAAAGAUCUCAAAGACGUCAAUGCAGAGCUGUUCACGUGCAAGGAGGAGUUGAAAAUGGAAAUGACUCUAAAGAUUGAAGCUGUGAAACAGGAGGCAGCCAUUCAACAGUUGCUACAUCUUAAAUCCAAGGAGCUAGAUCAAUCAACUUUGGAGUGCAUAAGGCUACAAGAUAGAAAUAAGGCUCUAGCUAAGGAGCUUGCAACACUCAAGUUAGUCUGCGAUUUUAACUUGGAGGAAGAGGAGGUCUUGAAACGUGCUUCGUUAAGAGAUGAUGUUAAUAGCAAAGAGACAAUUGAUGUCUUGAAAAAAUCACUGGUCAUCCGUAACAAGAAUUACGAAGAACUGAUGACCAAGUGCAACACUCUAGACAGGCGAGAGGUUCGUUAUCUGAGGAAACUUCAGAAAACUAAAGAGAAGAAAAAUAACUUGAAGGCCAGGGUCCAAGAACUUGAGAUGGCACUUGAAGGAAAAGAUAAUGAAAUUUUGAGAAUUUCGAAAGCCUCCAAGAAAAACUAUCAAGGGAGUAAAGAACCCAAAGUUGACAGAUGUUCAUAUGAGAAUCAGAAUAAGGCACCUGCUGAGACAGAAGUAGAUGUAUGCAUCGUCACUGGCUCAUGUGAUGAUUUAUCUAGACCAAAGAGAAAAAGAAAGUAUAAGUCUAAGGAUAAGAGCAUACCAAACAUGGCAGAAGAUAUUAUAGCUAGCAGUCUUCACAAAAAUAAUCAUGAGAAAGAAUCUUCCAAAAGAAACAAAGAUGGAGGCACUCCAGAGACUUCCAGUUAUGUGCAUGAAGGAUCAUAUCAAAACUUGCACCAACCAUUUGACCAUAAAAAGGCUGUCCAUGAUAGUUUUUUGUCAAGGCCGGAGGCAGUUUUUGGGGCCACUGGUGGAAGUCUAGGGCAUGGAUCAGGAAAUAAGGAUGGAAUGUCAGCCUCAAGGAAUUGUAGCAAGAACAGUAAAGAAAACAUGCCCCCAGUGAUUAUUCUUGAUGAUGAUGAUGAUGAUGAUGAUCUUCUGCCUUUAGAUGAUAUUACACAACACCAACCCGCAUUUCACAUCAGGAAAGAGACUUCUUCACCAGUUGUACUUGCCAAACCAGGAGACAGCUGCUUUUCUGGUGGAUUGUUAGGUCCUGAUGGGAAUUACUGGCACUUGGGAAAAUGGUGUAAGAGAAAGUAAACGACAAGGAUCUGGAUUGCUGUCUUGAUGCAAGGAUCAGGUGCAAGUGCUGGUGAUUUGAUUGCUGUAAGAGCUGAUGGCAGAGGUGGUUGUAUCAAAUUUCUGCAAUCCAAAAAUUCGGCAUCAG